AUGGAGCAGCAGCAACUGCACAAGAAAGAUAAACAUGGCAUUCGGAAUUAGCGCUCGCCUUCUUCCCCAAGUCACCGCCAAGCAAAAUUCUCCCCUCAAUUUUGCAGCUACUAACGCUGAACACCACCAAUGCGUAUCGAAAAUACCAUCUUUUUGGUCAAAGGUACUUCCACUGGCAGUUGCGGUUUCGCUGGUCGCUCCCUUGCCUUCUUCGGCGAUACCUUCUCUCAACUCCAAAUCUUCUCCGGUUGCUCCCAUGACCCCAUUCUCCCAAUCCAAGAACUUGCCUACUGGACUCCAAAAUGGAAAAAUCAGACCUUGCCCCUCAGUUAAUCCAGGGUGUGUAUCGACAAAUCCCCAAUCUUCUUCUUCUGCCUUCCCCUUGAUAAUUUCUCAAAAUUCUUCUGGCAAUGCUAUCAUGCAAUUGCAGGAUGCCAUUUUGAAGACACAGAAGAAUGCAAAGAUUCAAGUCGUUGAAGAUAUCCCUGACGGAAAAUAUUUGCAAGCUGAGGUUGACGGAGGAUUUGGCAGAGAUGUUUUAGAAUUUUUGGUGAAAGGAGAUUCAGUUGCCUACAGAGCAAUGGCGACAAAAGUGACCUAUAUAUAUCCAUUUACUACUGCAUUUGGAGAUUCAAAAGGACAAGAAGAAAGAAUGAAAAUGAUUGCAGAAGAGUUAGGAUGGUAUGCACCAAGUCUUGACUCAAUGGAUUAGAACUUUGAUGCAUAUAACUAUCUACAUGCACCAAAUUUUGUAUAGCAAUUCAUGCAUGUGGUAAGCUUUUU